UGGUUGUGCUGCAAUUGAUUAUUAAAAUGUAUUUGAUGUUCUUUCAUAAGAAACUUUAGCUAAGUAUAAAAUAUUCUAUGAAUUUCAUUAAAGAACAUAGAAACUUUAAGAAGAAAAUUUUAUCAAAAGCAUCUAAAACUAUAAAAUAAUUAUUUAAAGAUUUAGCGAAUUUUAGCUUCGUCUGCUACCACGGCAUUGAAAAGGAACUAUUGAGUACUAAUUAUUAACGAAGGCAGAAGUAGGAGGUCGCGACUAGAUCAGAGAAGAAAAAUUUUAGUGCAAGUGUAUUGCCGAUAUAACAGGCAAUUUGAGUAGAAAGUGGAAGUGCAUUGAUAAAUACAAUAUUGACGACCUGUAGAACGACACCUGCUUUACUCGAAACGAGAGACGAGGACACGGUGACGGCGGGGGCGGCCAUACUCAAACAACCGCCGAGCGAAGUGCGCGGCAUAGCGCAGAAAUGAAACGAUAAUAAACUAUAUUAUAUCGUUCGUAAACCCGGGGAGACGGUAACGGGUGUAAGUGCCUCCAUUAAAACAUAUAGGAAAAAAUUACAAAAGGAAGUGAAAACGGAAGUGUGGGAAGUGUGAAGAAAGAGGAAAGCGGCCCGACGAAUCGAGGCGCACGGAACGGUAUGAGUGCAAAGACAGACGUGAACAGGCGGGUCCUAGCGAUUCAGGCCAAAAAAAAAAGGCACAAGCCAAGCAAACGAAAAGGAAAAGCAAAUAUUCAAGAUGAAUCAGAAACAUCAGGAGCUCAAUGUUCAAAGGCAUCGACUACUCAACAAGGACAAGGAUCGAGUUUCUAUCAGGAUGCUUCUGCACAAAGACCAUAUUCCAGUGAUAAUGGAAACAGAUUGGAACCAUGUCAUAGCUCAAGUAAUGAAACAAUGGAAGAUGGUGAUGAAGUAUACAGUAGUGAAGAUGAAGAACAAGAAGAUAGCAGUGAUUAUUGCAAAGGAGGAUAUCAUCCUGUUAAAAUAGGAGAUUUAUUCUUAAAUCGCUAUCAUGUAACUCGUAAGCUUGGUUGGGGUCAUUUUUCAACAGUCUGGCUUUGUUGGGAUUUACAGGAUAAACGAUUUGUAGCACUUAAAGUGGUCAAAUCUGCAUCUCAUUUUACUGAAACUGCAUUGGAUGAAAUUAAAUUAUUAAAAGAUGUACGUGAUACAGAUCCUAGUGAUCCUAAACGUAAUAAAACCGUCCAGUUACUCAAUGACUUCAAGAUUAGUGGCAUUAAUGGUUUGCAUGUUUGUAUGGUAUUUGAAGUUCUUGGACAUAAUCUUCUUAAAUUGAUCAUCAAAUCUAACUAUAGAGGAAUUCCAAGAAAUAAUGUUAAACGUAUCAUUAGACAGGUUCUUGAAGGUCUUGAUUAUUUACAUAAUAAAUGUAAAAUUAUUCAUACAGAUAUUAAACCUGAAAAUGUUCUUGUUUGUGUUGAUGAAGCUUAUAUAAGAAAAUUAGCUUGUGAAGCAACAGAAUUACAUUCACUUGGAAUGAAAUUGCCAGUAUCUUUGAUUUCAACUGCACCAAAGGAAUUCCAAGAACCCACUCCUAAUUCUAAAAUGUCAAAAAAUAAGAAAAAAAAACUUAAGAAGAAAGCAAAACGUCAAAAUGAAUUACUAAAAAAACAAAUGGAACAAAUAGAAGAACUUGAAGAGCAAGAUAAACUUGCAAAUAGCACAAGAGCAAAUGGAGAAUUAGAAACAAAUAGUCCAGAUCAAGAUAUAAACACAGAAAGUAUAGAUGAUAAUACUGAAAGUAAAGGUUCACCUGAUAUUUCAGAACCAUCUGCACCUUCAUUGCAUAUAAAUGGUGUAGAUAGUUUAACGGUUGAAGAAAAAAUAGAAAAUCAAAUACCUCAACAAUCAGAAAAGAUGGAAAAUGCAAAUUCAUGCGAUGUAGAAAAGAAUUGUGGUGAAGUAAUACAUUCACCUGAUCAUGAAGAUACAGAUGAAUGUAGUGAAGGUCGCAAUUUACAUCCACCUGAAAGUAAACAAUUAAAAAGAGCAUGUAUAGCUCCUUUAGAUCCUGCCCUAGUAGAAUGUGAUGUUGAAGUGAAAAUAGCAGAUCUUGGUAAUGCAUGUUGGGUCCAUAAAAAAUUUACAGAUGAUAUUCAAACUCGUCAAUAUAGAUCAUUAGAAGUGUUAUUAGGAUCUGGAUAUGAUACAUCUGCAGAUAUAUGGUCCACUGCCUGCAUGGCAUUUGAAUUAGCAACUGGUGAUUAUCUUUUUGAGCCACAUAGUGGUAAUUAUUAUUGCAGAGAUGAAGAUCAUUUAGCACACAUUAUUGAAUUGCUUGGAGAAAUACCAAGACACAUUGCUCUUUCUGGCAAAAACUCAAAAAUGUAUUUCAACAAGAAAGGUGAAUUGAAACGAAUUACUGGAUUAAAACCUUGGGGACUGUACGAGGUGCUUAUAGAAAAAUAUAACUGGUCACCAAGAGAAGCGCGCGAGUUUGAAGAGUUCCUAACUCCGAUGCUCGAGUUUGACCCGAGUACGCGAGCUACAGCAGCAGAGUGCCUGAAGCAUCCAUGGCUGCAAAUUAAAAAGUGAUCAUGUUUUUUAUCGUUUUAUCUUUAAAUUCUUCAACUCUAUAUUUCUACCAUCCUGACGUAAUUAUAAGUCGAGAGUGUAACAAGAGAUAAUGAUCAGCAAUGGCCAAGUUCUUUCAUCUUAUAUAUAUUGUUUUAUUUUUGCGUAAUGAAUGUAUUAUCACUAAAAACGCACAGUAAAAAUUAUUCAAUAUAAAAUAUUAUAUAUAUGUAUAAUAUUAUUUUAUAAUAAUAUUAUAAUAUAUUAUAAUAUUUAAUAUUAUAGGAUGAAAAAUUAUUAAAAAUGUAUCUUAUAAAUUAUAAUUUAGAAUUGUUUUUUAUCUUUUUUAUCUGUUAAUAAUUUUAUGAUUAUCAUUUACGUCUAUUAUUGUGAUUAAUUUUAUACAGUAAAUAGGAGUUAUCUAAUACCAAAACAAUUGGAAAAGAAAGAACUUGCUACAUUCCACCAAAUUCCAAUAUUUGCAGUAGUUGAAUAUACUUCUAAUUGUAACACUCUCGACGAUGGCUGCCUACUUGUGUAUUUAUAAAUUUGUUAAAACAUGUUUUUCAUUUAGUGAUGCUAUCUUAAAUUAAAAUUUCGUAGUACUUUAUUAUUUUACAUGGUCAUCGUUAUAUUAUCCUUUAUAUUAUUUGUCAUUUAAUUUAUCAAAUAUCCCAAGAGUCAUGGGACCUACUCAUAAUGUACUUUAGGAAAGGGCAGGCCCAUUGUUAUGCUAUAAUGAAUAUUAAAAUUUUCAUUAAAAUAUUUUUUUGCAUUAAAUUGAUUAUUCGAAAUUUAUUGAUAGCAGAUUUUUUUCUCUGUGAUUUCUUCUUGUGCUUAAUUAGUGUUCAAGAAAGUUUAAUAAUCAUUACUAUUAUUGUCUUGAUUAAAUAAUACUCAUAACACAUACGCCGGAACGUGUGUUUAAGCAACUGAAUCUUUGUACAAAUUCAAUGAAUGCAGAAAUACAUAAAUAUAAUAUUAGUAUAAUUAAGAGUUGGUCGCCAGAUUCUUGGUAAACAAUUGGCAUGAUUCGGAAUAAGACAGUGCAUACUUUAUUCAAUUACAAUGAAGAAAUUCUAGAAUUUAAAUUUGUAAUAAACUCAUAAUAAUCAUAUAUAUAAUAUAUGAGUAAUACAAAAAUAAUAUAAAAAAGAAUAAGUCAUGGAAUUUUGGUAAAAUCAUAUACACUGUCGGAUUUCGAACAAUAACUGAGACAUUCAAUAAUUGUGGUAUAUGUUUUCUUUCAUUUAAUUUAUUACAUAUUUCUUUAUAUCGCUAGAAGCAUAUAUCAUAUAUAUAUUGUACAAUUAUGAAAAAGAGAGUAGUUUCUGCAUUAUGACUGACAAUUCGGAAAUAUUUCAUAAAAUAAUCAUGAUAAAAGAAAUACGGUGUUAAGUUCUGCGCGACCUUCUUUACUUCGAGCUAUUGACUGAUUAUUAAGCUCUCUGCCGAUAAAUUGUCUUCUAUUUUAUAACGAAAAAAGCGAAACAGUACGAUUACUGACUAUUCAACAUUACAAAUAUAUUUUGUAUCGUUGAAUUCUAUUUAUGCUUCCAAACAAAUGUUCAGUUUCGCUGUAUCUGCCAAUUUAAUAUCAUUUUAUCAAAAAUAAUAUCGAUUGAAAAAUAUUUUGAACGAAACUGAUGGAAAUGCAUAUAAAAAAAACUUUUAUUAUUAAUUGUGUUACAUUAAAUGAGAAUAUGUUUAUUCUGGGUAAAAGAGGAAAAUAGUUACUUAAAGUAGGUCAUUUAAAAUUAGUUAUGUUUAUUUUCGUUAAGAGUUUGUAAAUCAAUGAGUCUUACAAAGAGACUACUUUAGUCAUUUUAAUACAUUUAUAAUUCAUUUCCAUAUUUAAUAAAAAUUAAAAUUUAUACGUACUACGAUAAAGAAAAAAAUACUGAAUUGUUAAUAUUGACUUUUACAAUAUUUAAAAGAGAUAGUUGAUAAUUAGGAUCAUGAUAAGAUUUGAUUUGUUUGAUUUUAUUUUUUAUUUUCUGUGCAUUUCUUAAUAAGAAUGCUUCUUCUAUCUGAUCGAUGAAAUUCAAAACUUUUAUUUAAAAUUAUCAUAGAUACAUAACUAUCCUCAUGUAAUCAUGUGAUCCCACCAUAAUUAUAAUCUUGGGACUGAUGAUGGCAAUCCUAUUGAAUUUGUACAGUACAUAACCGAAGUUGUCAUAAUUAAAUAUACAUUCAUAUUGUGUUACGGAACGUGGCCAGUGAAAUCCGGAAAAAAUGCAAAAAGGAUACAAGGAAUUAGCAAAAUAAAUGUUUUUUCCGAAAUAUAUCUCGAAUUUUCGCUUGAUUAUUUUUAUAAUUGAUGAUUGGUGUUCGAUAAUUCGAUCAUCAUGUGUUUAUGUAUCAUUAAUGAUAAUUUUCGCUUUAGGAAGGAAAUAUAAAAUAUGAUAAUAUUAACAAAUGAAGAACAUUUUUAAAAAUGAAUGAUAAUUUAAAUCAUGCAGCAAUCGUAUGACAAAUAAAUGAUCUUUUUUUUUUUUUUGAUAAAAAUUUAGAUUUCAAAAACAUGCGAUUUCACCCUAUAGCCGCACAUUACAAAUAUACAUACCGAAAAAUUUAUAUAUAUAUAUAAAUUUAUAUAUAUACAUAGAAUAAAUGGAAUGACAAUUUACGUAGGUGUGAUUCGCUGCUUUGGCGCUAGUUAGGAUGAAAUUAACAAACAUCAACAUUAAAAAAAUGUGUAUAGCUUAAUGUACGAUGAAUGAUAUACGAGAACUUCCCUUCUUUCCUUUUCUUUCCUUUUCUUUCCUUUUCCUCCAUAUAUAUAUAUACAUCUCCGCUUUCCAAAGUUUGUGCAAAUAAUGUAUUCAUACAUAUAUUAAAACAUGAAAGCUCGUUGCGCAUAUUCUUUUUCAAUAUUAUAGAACAAUCAUUUUAAGUACAGAAGAAGAAAAAUCAAUGAAGAGUUAAACAAAGCCAAAGAAGCUUGUUUAUACAGGGACCCAAAUGAAAUUUUUACAGAGAUUUAUAUUUCAUUUGAUAGAUUUAAUUAUAUAAGUGAUUGAAAUUUUCAUGCAACAAUUAAAUGGAGUGAACAAAAGUCGAUAGAAAAUCUCAUUUUAUUAUUAAAAUUUAUCUGAACUGGAAUUUUCAAAAAAUCUUAAUAUUAAUUUACUAUAAUUCGAAUAAAAUUUUUCAAAUGUAAAAAAAGAAAUGAAAUUAUAUUCUACAAUAUAAAAAUAUUUAAUGCGCCAAGGAAGAAUGAACAAUAUCAACACCAAGAAAAUGCAUAAACGAAAAAUAUAAUAUGUGAUUUUUUGUAAUAUUAUAAUGUUCAAAAGUAUGGAUCGACAAAUAGAGAUGUCGAUUAGGAAUGGAAAAAUUUGAGGUUUGAUAAAAUAAAAUAAAAAAAAAAGAUUUCAAAUGAA